AUGGGUGAAAGUUGUACUGUUCACUUAAAUGUUGCUCCCAAAAUAUAUGACUCUCCUCCUGUUCAGGAUCAAGAGGUACCAGUCUUCUUAAAAGAUAAACAGAAUUUAAAAUUAGGUCAUUGGGAUUUAACAAUUCAACAGAUUCUCUCCUAUAUCGAUGGAUUUAAGCAUGUGGCGAAGAUAGCUGGUGAGGCUGAUGUGGAGAUUAACCUGGUGAAAUCUUGUUUGCAGAAUCUUGUACAUUACCAAGUUAUCAAGGUUAUUCCAAUUUUCCAGUAUUCCAAUGUCUACACCACACGUCCAGACAUACAAACACUUUACACAAACAAGAGACUUCAAGAAGAGUGUAUCAAAUUUGUAGCAAAGAAAGGCAAUUUACAACCACCAAACUUCAGGGAUAUUUUCCUACUUUAUUGCUCAUUAGGACCAGGUGUAACAGUAAAAGACAUAUGUUCAAGAUUCAAUCCUCAUGCUCUAAAAAUUGAUGAAAGAAAAUUGAUCCAGUUUGGUCUUAUGAAAGGAUUGAUUAGACGUCUACAGAAAUAUCCAAUCAAAUUUCCAGGAGAUGUUAUGACCUCUGUAAAACUACAGCAUUUAUAUCCAUGGUUUAAUGGUCGCCAUAGUUAUGAUGAAAUAUGUUCAAAAACUGGAUUGAGUCAUCAGGACCUAGAAGAAAAGAUAGAGACUGAUCCAAGCAUUGUUAUAUCAUGGAAAUAG